AUGAAGAAGAUUUUUUUCUUGUGUACAAUUUUUAUUUUUGCACAUUGUGCUGAUAAGCAAUGCUCAUGUGAAAACUUAAAAUCACAAUUAGAUUGCGAGAAAUUCCCACUCCAAUAUUGUGAGUGGAAGAAUAACAAUUGUGUUGUCUCAAAUGAGAGCACUUUGAAUCCCGUUAUAGAGGGUAAACCCUUUUGCUCUCAAUAUACAUUUCAAAAUGAUUGCUAGAAAGCUUUUAUUUGUUCUAACUGUUAGAACAAAUAAUAAUUUUGUUAGGGAUGUUUAAAAUAGUAUCCCUGCGUUUGGGAAGGAUCGUAAUGCUUGUUCUUUACUGGAUGCACUGUAUAUCCAAAAAAAACCCAUUUAGAAUGCAAUGCAAUAUCAGGAGAAUGUACAUCUGAUCUAACUUAGUGCAUUGAGAUUGGAGAAUGCACUGAGUACAAUACCUAGGAUUCUUGUAAGUAGAAAAAUAUUCAUGGAUAAAUGUGUACAUGGGAUCCUUAGUUGGGUUGCAAAGACCUUAGUUCUUGCUCUGAAAUUUAAAAAGAAUUUUCUACAAGUCAUGAUGCUUGUAACAGUUAAUUGAGUAAAUGCACAGUAAACAAUAAUGCUUAGUGCAUCGAUUUAUUUACAGAAUGUGGAGAUUAUACAUUUGAAGAUUAAUGUAAAUUGACGUCAUCUAAAGUUUAAUGUACAUGGUCAAAUAACGCUUGUAGAGAAACAACUUGUGAAGAUGCUCCAUUAAGUUAUGAUUCAUCUGGUAGAUGUUAGCUAUUUAUGCUUAACUGUAUAGCUAAAAGUGGAGGAGGAUGCUAGUAGAUAAUCUACUGUUAAGAUUUAAAAAACUAAAGUGAUUGUCUAAACAAAUUAGAUGUAAGUGGAAAACCAUGCUAUUGGGUAGUUAACUAAAGUUAAUGUGUAUUGCAUGAAUGUGAAAAAGCUCCCUUAGAUUAUCAAACCAAUAAGCAAUGUUAAUCAUUUAAAAGUGAUUGUAUUGCUAAUGAAGGGAGUGGAUGUAAAUAAAAUAAAGGUUGCAGUGCCAUUACAACUUAAUUGGAAUGUAAUACAAAUAAGAGUGCUGAAGGAAAGGAUUGUAUGUGGGAGGAAGUAUGUAUAGAGAAAACCUGUGAAAAUGCAUCUACAAAAUUAACUACACAUGAGUAAUGUGAAAAAUUUUUGUUUGAAUGUACUACUGAUUAUGGAUAAGGCUGUUAAUAAAAAACAUGUAAGAAUGCUCCAGAUACAAUGAAAACAAAUGAAGAUUGUGAAAGAUAUCUUCCUGAUAAUCAUUGUAUCACUAGAAGUGGAGGUGGAUGUGUAAAAAAUGAUUCAUGUUCCAAAGUCAGUGUAGCUAUUGCUUGUGUGAAAGAUAUUAAUGGAUCUGAUUGUUAAUGGUAUGAAGCAACUGAUGUGUGCAUUACUAAAUAAUGCAAUAAAGCCCCAACAACAAUCAAUACUUAAGCAAAAUGUGAAGCAUUUUGGUUUAAAUGCUAAGUUAAUGCAUCCGGAACUGGUUGUGAAGACAAGAUCUGUGAAAACUAUUAAUAGGAAAGUAAAUGUAAGAGUUAAUUGGAUUUUUAUGGUAGAAGUUGUUCAUGGAGAAAUAAAUGUAUUGAAAAAACCUGUGAAAGUGCAUCAGAUGAUAUAAAAACACAUGAAGAUUGUAACAAUUAUUUAAGUACUUGUACUUUAUCUUUAAUUGGUAAAGGAUGCAUGUCACUUCCUUUAAAAUGUGAAAUGAUCCUUUUGGAAGAAGGAUGUCGAUUAAGGUCAUCUAUUGGUUUAAAUAAUGUUGUUGGAACAAAGGAAUGUGCAUGGAAAGGUAAUAAAUGUUAGGAUAAGACAUGUUAUACAGCACCAAUUACUAGAGACUCAAAUAUAGCAUGCCAAGAGUAUAUGAAAGGAUGCUAUGUUAACAAUGAAAGGAAAGGAUGUUGGAUUUUGCCAGAGUGUAGCUAAAGAGCACUCUAAGAAACAUGUGAAAUUAGUGGCAAUAAUGAUUGUGUUUGGGAUCAAGGAAAUUCAAAAUGCUUAGUAAAAAAUUGUGUUUCAACUCUGUAUAGUAGUGAUAGAGCUAACUACAUAACAAUUUAGAGUUGCAAACAAUACAAAUUGAAUGCAGCCAAUUGUCCUAAACCAGACGGUAUAGGUUGCUGUACUUUAAAUGAUUAGGGUUUAGGAUGUAUGAAAAAACCAGAUACUUGUUCUUAAUUAAAAACGUAAAAGAAUUGUGGUGAGAAUGCUAUAUCCACUGAUGAAGAUUGUAUAUGGACAGGAGAGGCAUGUGUGGCUAAAUCAUGUACUGCUUUAAAUUUGAAGAUCUACAAUUAAGUUUACAGUCAUACAAAUUGUUAUUCUUAUUCUUUCUAAUCUUGCACAGUCAAUGAAAAUGCAACUGCUUGUAUACCCUUAAAAUCAAGCUGUUCAUUGUAUUUGCCUAAUGACUAAUGUAAGAAAGAUUCUAAUGGCAAUGAUUGUGCUCUCAGAUUUAAUUCUGCCUCUAAAAUAUUAUCUUGUGAUUUAGAGAAAUGUAUAGAUAAGACAUCUAAGACUUUUAAUUCUUUUGCUGCUUGUCAAGGCUACAAUGAAACAUGUACUGUAAUUGCCAGAGUAAAUGGAAAAGGUUGCGUUGACAGAUAAUAAUAUUGUUUCAAUUAUAAGAAUCAGGAAUAAUGCUACAAGAAUUUGGCAUAAUAAAAAUGCAUAUGGAACGACUCAAGAUGUUGGGAUUAUGAUAAAGUUGAAUGUUCAUAGCUAAAAUUAAAUAAUUAUUCAACAUAAACUUGUGAAGAUGUUGUUACUUAUUGCAAAGCUAAUUCAGAUAACACAGGAUGUAUUAUAAAAACAUGUGUUGAUUAUAACACUUAAACUGGAAAAAUUGGAGGACCAUAAGUCUUAUUAUUGAGCCAUUGUUAAGCUAUAAUAGCUAAUAAAUCUAAAUGUUCAAUUAACAAAAACUUGAAUGCUUGUGUUGUUGAAUAAGAACGAUGCAGUCAAUAUUAACCAUAGGACUGCUAUUAUGCAAGUAUUGAUGGUAUUUGUAAAACAAAUGGAACACUUUGUUAUAAAUAAUUUUAUAGUUGCAGCAAUUGGAGCAGCGAAAAUGAUGCAGGAUGUAAGAUUAAUCGAGAAUUUUGUAAAUAUCCUUCAGACGGUGUGGGAAUAAAGGCUUGUGAAAAUAGAUCUUGUGAAGAAAAAGUAGGUGUAAAUUUGACUGAAGAAAUAUGUUAUUAGUUUGAUCAAACAUGCACUGUUAAUAAAGAUAAAACUAAAUGCAUUCUUAUUUAAAGUAAUUGUGGUACAUACAAAGAAGAAAACUUAUGUAUAAAAUCAACAUAGAGUAAUUGCAUUUGGUAAGUAGAUGAUACAAGUGAAUGUGUUGGUAUCACAAACUUAACUGAGGCAAUUAAGAAUUGUUCAUACAAAAAAGGAGUGGGAUUAACAUAUAAUGAUUGCUAAGCCUUUAGUCCUUUUUGUAGCAUCAAUAGAGCAUAGGAUGAAUGUGUUGCUAAAUAAUAAUGCGGGGGAUAUAGCCUUUCACAUUGCUAUAGAAGUAGUGAAAUAGAAUUUUGCAUCCAGACCAAAGUAGAAGAUGCAGAAUCUGAAUGUGCUUCUCCUGCUAAUAAAAGCUGUGAAUAGAUUUUUCUUGGAUAAAGCACUGUUUAUACUUUAGAGAAAUGCAGUUAAAUUAAUUAAAGUUGUACAAAUUAGGGAACUUCCGGUUGUACUCUGAAGACUUGCUAGAAUGCAGUUGGACCUUUCACUCAUGAAUCAUGUGUAGCAUGGAAGAGUACAUGCACUGUAAAAUAAUCAAAAGACGGAUGCUAAGAAAUGAAACAAAAAUGUCUUGAUUAAGAGUCCAACAAUUGUUUAAUAACACUUUUUGAUGGAAUAUGUGUACAGGAUAUCAAAUAAAAUCUAUGUGUUAAAAAGAGUUGUUAUUCUUCUGAUGAUACUUUGACUAGCGAUGCAUAAUGCGAAUAAUAUAUGUCAACAUGUACUGUAGCUUAAGUUGGUGGAUGUAUACCUAGAAGUACUUGUGAUGCAUACAUAACAGAAUUAUAAUGCAUUGUAGAUAAUUAAGAUAGAAUUUGUUUUUGGAAUCCUUCAAUUUAAAAAUGUGUUCUAUUUGAAUGCAAAUCAAUUGAAAAAACAGAUAAAUAUGAUACACAUGAAGAAUGUUAUCAAUUAAAUAAUAUACAAGAUCCCAAAAAAUAAAAUAAGUUCUAAAGAUGUACAGUUAAUCUUAUUCAAGAUGCUAAUGAUAAAACAAUAUUAAAUCCCAGUGGAUGUAUGAAUUUAUUAGGAUGUCAUGAAUAUAAAUAUAAAGAACAAUGUUUUAUAGAUUCAAGUGGUUCUUAUUGUAAGUGGAACACCGAUAAUCCUGAGAAUGAAUUCUGUGAAUAAACUACUUGUUUGUCUGCUGAUCCAAAUUCAUAUUCAACACAUUAAGCUUGUACAGAAUAUUAAUUAAAUGUCAAUACUAAAUAUUAAGAUAAAUGUACUGUUGCUGUUAUAGAGUUAGCACCAGGAGUACUUUAGGCUUAAGGUUGUCGAUAUAGAGCUGAUUGUGAAGAGUAUAAGAUUGAAGAUUAAUGCAGAUAUAGUUCAUCAGGAUUAGAAUGUAAAUGGGAUACAAUUGAUUAAGCUUGUUUUACAAGAUUAUGCAGUAAAGCACCAAAAACAAUUACAACUCAUGAACGUUGUAGUGAUUUUCUAUCAAGUUGUACUCUCAGUUCAAAUUUAAUUGGAUGUAUGGAUCUCACACCAAAAUGUGAAGAUUACUAAGUCAAAUCAUAAUGUACUAAGAGUGUAUAUGGUAACUUAUGUUAUUGGAAUGGCAUUUAAUGUGUAACAAGAUUAUGCAGUAAUACACCAGAAGAUUUGAAUGAAGAGUGUUCAAGCUAUUUAGACACUUGUGAAAAUAGUGGAAACCUAAGAUGUGUAACAGUAGAUUGUCAAUAAUAUUCAUUUGUUACUGAUUUAGCUUGUAAAUAAGCUGGUUUAGGUGGAAAAUGUACUACAGAUGGAAUUAGAUGUGUUUUAAGAAAGUCUUGUGAAGAAGCAAGAACAUAAGAUGCUUGUAGAGUAAAUGAUUUAGGAUAAUAAUGUAUUUGGAAUCCACCUACAGCUACAAGUGAUGGUUAUUGUGAAAUUAGUAUUUGUGAACUUGCAUCUUAGGUAGAUUUUGUAAGUGAAUUAUAAUGCAAAUCAUAUCAUUCUGGAUGCACUUUAAAAAAAACAGGUGGUUGCAAAUAAAUUUAAGAUUGUAAUUCUUUUGAAACAGAAGCCAGCUGUAAAAUUUCUAAGGAUGGUAAAGUAUGUGUUUGGGAAAAGGAUAAGGGUUGCAGGAGUAAUGAUUGUAAUGAUUUAACAGGUACAGAUCAUUUCAAAUGUAAAUCUUAAAAUAAAAUAUGCACUACUUCCAAAACUGGAAAAUGUGUCAAUAUGUCAGCAUCAUGUGCUGAAUAUUAAAUUGAAGGAUCUUGUGUUGAAACAUCUGAUGGAUUUCCAUGUUUAUGGGUUAAAGCUUUACAAAAUACAAAUAAUCCUUUAGGAUAAUGCAUUUAAUAUCUUAAAUGUGAAGAUAUCCCUUUAACAACUGAUGCAGAAUGUAAAAGUGUAUUUCCAAAUUGUACAUCAAAUGGAUAAACAUGUACACCCAUUAAAAAAUGUGAAAAUCUUAAUUCUACUAAUUGUAAAAAAGGUUCUGAUGGAUAAUGUAUGUUGGCUCUAAAAGAAGCCACAUCCACUACAAAAACAUGUAUGUUAUUCAAAUAAUGCAGUGAUGCUCUCUAUAAAACUCAUUCAGAAUGUUAAGGAGUAAGUUCAAAUUGCACUACUAGUGGAACUUAAUGUAUGGAAUUGAAGCAAAAUUGUUCAGAUUAUUCUGAUAGAUCAUAAUGUUACAUUACAAAAGCUUAAUCCAAUAAUUCAUCAACUAAUACUGGUAUUUGUGUUUGGGAUGGAGUUUGUAGAAAUUAAACAUGUCCAGAUAUUAGUGGAACAACUCAUAAUUACUGUAAUUCUAAAAUGAAUACUUGUACUUCUGAUGGUACUAAAUGCAUGACAAUUCAAACAUGUGCAUCAUACAAUACUAAUGCAAAAUGUAAUUAUGGUUAUGAGAAAAGCGGUACAGAAUUUAAUCCAUGCUAUUGGACUGAUGUAUCUAAAGAUUCUGGAUCUUAUUGUAGAGUUAAAACUUGUGCUGAUAUUCUUCCAGCAUCUUCCUUCUUUUGUGCAUAAAUUAGUACAUGUGUUUAUGAUGCAACUAAAUAAAGUUGUAUUAUUAAAUAAAGCUCUUGUGGUUCCUAUCAAGAUUAAAAUGCUUGUAAUUCAGGAGCUUUAAACUCUAAAAAUUGUUAUUGGACGAAUAAUAGUUGUUCAGAAGUAACUGGAUGUUAAAUUAUCUCUGAUUAAGCUAAGUGUUUAUCACUUAAAGGAUGCAGCUAUAUUACUUAAAAUGGUACUUCUUAAUGUCUUCCCUCAGAUUGUUAAAAAGUCUAUUAGUAGACUAACUCUUGUAAAUUCUAUGAGACAUUUUCUAAUACAUUAACAACUUGCAUAAUAUAGAAUGGAGAAUGCAAAUCAGUCCCUCCAUCUAAUUUGAAUGAAGAAAACUGUUUGGUUAAUUCAAAUUACACAUAUACAUGGAGUAGUUCAAAAAACACAUGUGUUAAUUGUAUUUGGGUGGAACCCCCUCCUUCAAAUGGAUCAAACUGUACAGAACCAGAAAAUUGUGAUGACUCAGCAUAAAAGAUAAGUAUAGGUUUGAUAUUUUUGGCAAUGAUAUUUGGAUGA